CUCUACACCCAGGCGAAAGGUACACAGAUCGCACAUCAUUGUAUACUCACUACGCGAGCGUACUCAAUCUUCAAGACAUUGAGUUUCCCAUGAAGAUUAAUCAAAUAACAAGAUUUGAACGAUUAAACAAUAUAUCCAUCAAUGUGUACAGUAUCAUGGGAAAAAAGAACGUCUACUAUUGUUCCAAUACGUCUCACCGAUGGAAAGAGGGCAAAGCACGUCAACUUGCUACACAUUUCGGACCCCUCGAGACCACAACGCGGAACAUUUCGCAUUUGGAUCAAGAACUUAUCCCGGCUCAUGAGCUCGCAGUUGAGCAAGUAUAAAGUCAGAAAAUACAUUUGCGAUCGGUGUCGGCACUAUUUCCAUUCCAACGAAAAGCUGGAGAGUCACAUCACAGACUGCCAAAAAUUGAACGACUGCGCCAUCAUUCUGCCGACUGAGGACAACAAGUGGCUAAGCUUCCGCAAUUACAGCAGGAAGGAGCGAAUCCCAUUUAUAGUGUACUCUGAUCUGAAGUGUACACUGGAGAAGACCGCAAAGAACGGAGAGGAUCACAAAUCGCACACGUAUCAGCAUCACAAGCUGUCCUGGACUUUUUUGACCUGCUUUGGCUACGGCGCUCCUGGCUUUCCACUUGGUUUUUGUCGUACACGUCAGCGAAUGUUUUACACUGAAAACCGAUUUGCAGUUCCAAAUCUGUCAUUACUUGCAGAAUGAAUGUGUAGUCAUCGUUAAACAUGCCUCCGGCUAAAUAAGCAGCAAUCUCAACGAUUUUCCAGCCGCAGUUUAGAUGCUUGGGAGCUAAGCGCCAUACGAUCGCAUUAAAAGAUUCAUUUGCAUUUCGCGUAUAGCUACCUAAGCAUCUCUCAAGUAAGUUAUCACGGGAUAAAUUGGCUUAGUAUCUGCUUUUUCAUAUUAAAAUGUAAUGGAGGAGGAUGAGUAUAAGCUUAUACUGCAUUUUCACCUUCGGCGACGCGAUACGCACACCACGACUCGACGCCCGGGAGACAGUACUGGUGUUGUGACUCUUGAUCGAUUGAUAUUAAAUGGAAAUAAGUGGCCAUGAUUGCUUUUUUCACGUCAUUCUGUGAGUGCGCAUUCCUUCGAAUUGCUAGGCCAGAGUAUUUUGUUAAUUUUUUUAUAAGAACAUCAGUAAGUUUCCCCUUGCCUCCGAGUUUAGCAGUUUUUUUUAAAUUUCGUAGUCGACCGCUCAUACGUUUCUCGACAUGGCCUACGCAUUCGCUCUUCGUUACUUUCAAAUCAUCAACGUAAGGUUCUGCAUCUACAAUGGCUUUAAAAGUCUUGGUGUCUCCAUCUACAAUAUAAUUACUGUACCUCACUCCAUAACGUUCCUGGGAUCUUUGAAACAUUUCGAGCUUAGAAUCGACUUCCAUUUUUCUUUCGAUUUAUUGGGCAAUUCUUUUUGUCCUCUGCAUAUUCCGGGCUAUUUGAAUCUCUGUGUUUAAAGUAGAUGCAUGCUUGACAAUAACUAUUUUUAACGAUCAGAUCUAUUACUUUUCCUGAAUGAUAAGCUAUUAACGUAGUAACAUCAAAGAGAAACGAGAAUCCGCGCUUUUUCUAAGAACCGUCACCGCUAACAGUUAAAUUCUUAAUAGGUCUCUCGUUCUCUUCAUUUAUUUUUAUUUCAUCUUGCACAGCGUUUUUGCAGCAAACAUCAAAAACUUUCUUAGCAGAUGCGUAUAAGUGCUGCACUAUUCUCUCGUAAUCUUUUUUGCUCAAUCCUUGUCCCAGGUCCAUUAUACCGCAAAAAAUGUUUAUGCCUUCUCGAGCUACUCUCAGUAAUCUCAUAGCAAAAACUAUUCUUCGAUUAAUUUCAAAAAUAUUAUGAAUAAAUGGUCCUGAAUCAAUGAGUGUAGUGCCACACUUACACUUCACGGAUAUUUUAAAACCAAGUCUUCUGUCACCUUAAUUACCGAAUGAUAAAUUACCUUUACAUUUUCUGUAAAUAGCUAUGUCAGAAAUAGCAGAAAAUACAGAAAUAAAUUCUAUGAUUCGGUAACAGAAACUCAAAUUUACAACGACGUCAGACACCGACGCUUUCAUUUUCUUAGCCGACGCAAUUGCUCCGGCGUCGGCGUCGCUUGGCAUCUCUUCUUCAGUAUCUUGUAUAAAUUCACCUGGGGAUCGCCGACGACGAGGACGGCUUGGACGAUAGUUCGGUUCACUUUUAUCUAUUUUUCGACUCAUUUUUUGCAAAUAUAAUGCAUAACAACAACGUAAAACUACUGCACGGUAAGAAAAAUAGGAGUGAAGAGCACGCUGCCUAUCAACUGUUGCCUCGGAGACGUUACUUUUUGAAAAACAGCUGUUACACGAGCACAAAUUAUUGCUUUUCCUCGUCAGUUGUUCCAUCUAGUGUCCAAAUAGCAAGUCUAUCGUGUCAAGGGACCGAAAAAUAAAGCGUUCACGCGCGCGGUCGUAUACACUGUUAAAUCCGUAGUGUCAAAUUAUACUAAAUUUGAGCUAUUUUUAACCAUCCCUAUAAGUCGCCACUGCUCCUACUAAAUAUGUCGUUAAUUUAACUAAUGUAAUGGAGUUAAAUAAUUUAACUUAAGAAAUGUAUUAAAUUUGACUAAAAUUUAGUUUAUU